AUGAAGAGCCCCCCAGGUCCUCCUCCCAAAGGGACCAUCUUCUGGUGGGGGCCCCUGGUCACAGUCUCACUUUUCACCUUCUGGAACACACCCCUCUUCGCCCAACUCACUAUGGAAUCCGUGCCAGUCAAUGUCGCCGAAGGGAGGGCUGUCCUGCUGCUUGUCCAUAAUCCGCCAAAGAAUCCGUAUGGCUACAGCUGGUACAAAGGGGGAAAGGUGCAGAUCAGCCACCAAAUCCUCGCAUACAGAGCACGGAGUCAAACCAUUACCCCAGGGGUGGCCCACAGUGGUCGAGAGACAAUAUACCCCAAUGGAACGCUGCUGUUCCGGAACGUCACCCUAAAGGACACAGGAACCUACACCUUACAAGUCCUAAACGAACACUUACAGCGUGAGCUCGUGUCUGGACAGUUUCAUGUGUACCAAGAAUCAGCCCCGGGCCUUUCUGCUGGGGCCAUUGCCGGCAUUGUGACCGGGGUCCUGGUUGGGGUGGCUGUGGUGGCUGCUCUGGGGUGUUUCCUGUUCCUCAACAGGACUGGAGGGCCCUCCCGGCAGCUGUUCCCAUCUAUGAGUUGA